GGUAGAAUGUAGACUGUAUAAUUACCAUACCAAUUGAACAGUGAAGCUGUUAGAUAAAUUUUCCGAUUCAAUCAUUUCUACUGUUCACAGUUCUGUGUUUGCUUUUUGAGUAGGUAUUUCAUUUUCUUGACAACGAAAAUGUUCGGUGUGGAAAGAAUUAAUAAGUGCGUGGAAUGCGGAAAAGUGUAUUAAAGUGAUGUAUAUUUUUUAAAUGUUAUUAUAAUUAUUAGGUACAUUGAUUUGUAUAAUAUAUAUGUAUUUGUAAUAUUUUUUGAAUAAUAAACAGGCCCAUUUCGCUGAUUCAAGUUCAUAGGCAACCCAAAUUACACUGCGCAAAGUAGUGGGCCAGGAUCUAGAAUCGAGUAUAAAUUAUUAUUGGAGUUUGUAAAAUUGUUUUUAUUUCUCUAUGGUAAUGGUAAAAUACAUAAAAUGUCAUAAAAUCAAGCGAAAGCGAAGCGUAAUCAAAAUGAAUCAAAAUCAAAUGGAAGUCAACCACCAAAUUAGUGAGGAAACGUUUAAAAUAGAAAUAAAGUAUAAUCACUUGAAUGAUGCUCUUUUGGAUGAAUUUAAAUGUGAAAUUCAGGAAGAAUCCAAUUGGGAAAGUACUCAUGACAAACAUGGUUCUUUAGACUUACAGAAAUUUCCCAUAAAGACUGAAAUAGAUCAACAUGGAAAUAACCUUAACCGAUUUAAAGAAAACCAAAAAACUGAAAAAGAUUAUCUCCAAGAGAACAAGAUGGAAAUUAUAGAGACAGUAACUGAACAUUCAUCCAACGAAGAAAAUUAUAUGAAUCUACAUGCUGAAGAAAAAACAUUAAAUGAAAAUGUGAAAGUUGUGACUGCAGAAAAACCUCACAAGUGUGAAAUUUGUUUUAAGCAAUUUAGCAAAGCAGGUAAUUUGAAAAUACAUUUGAGAGUGCACACUGGAGAAAAACCUCACAAGUGUGAAAUUUGUUUUAAACAAUUUAGUGUGACAGGUACUUUAAAAACACAUUUGAGAGUGCACACUGGAGAAAAACCUCACAAGUGUGAAAUUUGUUUUAAACAAUUUAUUGCAGCAGGUAAUUUAAAAGAUCAUUUGAGAACGCACACUGGAGAAAAACCUCACAAGUGUGAAAUUUGUUUUAAGCAAUUUAUUACAGCAGGACAAUUGAAACAACACUUACUAAUGCACACUGGAGAAAAACCUCACAAGUGUGAAAUUUGUUCAAAACAAUUUAGUGUAGCAGGUACUUUAAGACUACAUUUGAGAGUCCACACUGGAGAAAAACCUCACAUGUGUGAAAUUUGUUUUAAGCAAUUUAACAAAGCAAGUCAUUUGAAAAUACAUUUGAGAGUGCACACUGGAGAAAAACCUCACGAGUGUAAAAUUUGUUUUAAACAAUUUAGUGUGGCAGGUACUUUAAAAACACAUUUGAGAGUGCACACUGGAGAAAAACCUCACAAGUGUAAAAUUUGUUUUAAGCAAUUUAUUACAGCAGGUAAUUUAAAAAAGCAUUUGAGAGUGCACACUGGAGAAAAACCUCACAAGUGUGAAAUUUGUUUUAAGCAAUUUAUUACAGCAGGACAAUUGAAAGGACACUUACUAAUGCACACUGGAGAAAAACCUCACAAGUGUGAAAUUUGUUCAAAACAAUUUAGUCUAGCAGGUACUUUAAAAACACAUUUGAGAGUGCACACUGGAGAAAAACCUCACAAGUGUGAAAUUUGUUCAAAACAGUUUAGUCUAGCAGGUACUUUAAAAACACAUUUGAGAGUGCACACUGGAGAAAAACCUCACAAGUGUGAAAUUUGUUUUAAGCAAUUUAGCCUAGCAAGUCAUUUGAAAACACAUUUGAGAGUGCACACUGGAGAAAACCCUCACAAGUGUGAUAUUUGUUUUAAACGAUUUAAUCAAGCAGGUCAUUUAAAACAUCAUUUGAGAGUGCACACUGGGGAAAAACCUCACAAGUGUGAAAUUUGUUUGAAACAAUUUAUUGAAUCAGGUACUUUAAAAAUACAUUUGAGACUGCAUACUGGAGAAAAACCUUAUCAGUGUGAUUUUUGUUUAAAUAGGUUUACUCAAAAAAAUAAUUUAACUGAUCACAUGAGAGUUCACACGGGAGAAAAACCUCACAAGUGUGAAACUUGUUUUAAGAAGUUUAUUACAACAAAUCAAUUGAAAGCACAUUUAAGAGUGCACACUGGAGAAAAACCUCACAAGUGUGAGGUUUGUUCUAAGCAAUUUAGCGAAGCAAGUAACUUGAAAAGACAUUUAAGAACACAUACUAGAGAAAAACGUUAGAAGUGUGAUAUUUGUUUUAAGCGGUUUUCUGUGAAAAGUAAAUUGAACAUACAUUUGAAGAGUACAGGGGAAAACAGGGAAUGUCACUUUUUCAUGAAUUUUGGCUUUUCUCGCCAUGUGGUAGCAAAAACUGAGUACUAUCGACUAGACUAUCGAUUCAGAACAAUAACCAGAAAUAAGUCCAUAUAAAUUUUCUAAGAAUUUGUAUCCAGGCGAAGGACCAAGAUUAUUCGCACACCACUGAACAAAAAUAAGGAAUGUUAGCAGUUUUCUGGUGCAUUAUUAAAUUAAUAAGUUAAUAUAGAUUAAGAUUAUAGAAUAAGAAUUGCUAGAAUUCUGCUACGAAUCUCCUAAGUAGUUUUUAGAUAUAAGAAUUAAACCUCUGUUGGCGUUUAUCUCAAUAUGUAUAAAAUGUGGCAUUCCUUGUUUUUCCCAUGUACUCUUCAUUUUGAGAUUGCAUACAUAAAAAUUUUUAUUAAGUCAUUUGAUGCAGCAUAUGAUUUUAAACAACAUACAAGAAGACAAACUUGGACUAAAAUGGAGACUAUACCUAACUAAGAAGAAAUAUAUUAUGUUGGUGUAGUAUUGUAUAAAUCAGAUUUGACUUUUCUGGGUGUUUGUGCCAGAUGGACUUCAGAACUUUCAAACUCAGAAUCGGUGUCUAUGUGACACAUAUUCAAAAACUUUUGUAACAGAUUACUUUUUUAAUGUGUAAUAUAAUAUAUUUAUAUAA